GUACAUUUGUUUCUAUUAUACUACUUUCAUGGCAAACCGCACGGUUAUUGGGGGCGUUCAGUCUUCACCCCUCCCACCUAAGCCACCUUUGUCUGGUGGUGGUGUCUACCACCCUUUUUCACAGAUGGGCGCUCCUCAUGAUGUCUCACACUCGGUUGGCGUUGGCUUCUCGUCUUCUUCAGAAAUGCCUGUUCGUGGUCCUCCUUCCGUUCAGCAGAUACCGAUGGUGUCCCAGCUGCGACCUGCAGAGAGCAGUAGAACUGCUUCGCACAUGCAAUCUCAAGAGGGACCCUCUCGUCGGCAACCCUCGAUUGUUCUGAACACAAAUAUGGUUGCGCCGAGGCGGCACCCUGCACAGUCCCCAGGGCAACAACAACAACAGCAGUCGCAAAAGAGGAAGAAAGUUGUGACUAGGCGUUCUGCUGCAGAAGAGCGCAGCCCAGAAGGGCGAGUCAAGAGGGCGCGCAAGGGAAGUGGGGGUUCUGGUGGGAAAGGGAAGAAAUCCGCAGACAAGGCCACUGCUGCGGCGGAUCUUGAACCAGAGUCUGCGGGUGGGACACCUCUUGAGAGGAUGUGGAGCAGGCUGGUCUCCUUGAAUGCGAAGAAGGUAACUGAGGACAUUUUGAGCUUGCCAAUGUCCAGCAUGAUCCGACCUCCUGUGGACACUCCCGACGGUCGGAGAUCAAGGGAGGUCAGAUUCCCCGCAGAGUACCACGUCAGGGUCCUCAUGGCGUCUAUGGAGAGGGCGCCCUGUGGGGACCACUUGCCUUUUGUGGGCAUGAUUGACCCAACUGAGUGUACAGCAGUUGAUCAGAAUGAGAUAGUGAGUGAACCUGCAGAUAUGCCUUACAAGCCUCUGCUGGGGAUGGCUGCGCUCGAUGAUGCUCUGGUGGUCCCAAUCCUCACAGAAGUUAGGAGUGGGGUCCUGUCGCUUGACGAGAUGAACCACAAGUUCACGCUUCUUAAGAUUGCCAAGGCCCUCAACUACAGGGACAAGUUGCAACAUUCACAGCAAGAGGAGCAGACAGCAGCAACACAAGAUCCUGAGGGCCUUCUCACAGACUGGACUGCUUUUGAGGGGGAGGGCUACAAGGGAACUGUGAAGGUGGCGCACUGCGACAUGCUCCAGCUACCAGAGAAAAUGGAGGACAAACUCCCCUUCACCUUGUGCAUUAUGGACUUCCCAUGCGGCUACAACGCAGAGGGUUCUGUGGAUGAUCAGGAGCCGUUCAGUAGGCCUCAGGUAGAGGGCAGCUUUGCGAGUUUCAAGAAGAUCACGUGUGCACCAUAUUGGGUCAUUGCUGGUUUCUGCUCCUCUGACAUGCUUGAUGACGUGAAAUCUACAUUUUCAUAUGCUUGCAAUUGUGGGGUGGAGGUGGGCAUUUGGGUUGCUCCCAACAUUAGUACUUGUGCAUGUCUCAAGCUCACGAACUACUAGCAGCAUUGUGUUCUUGGUUUCUACAACAGCCAGAGCGGUUCCAGGGAGCCCAUUCAGUUCCAGUUCAGCGACUCUGACACGAGGAUGACCUGCUGGAGUCACAAUGCGGUGGUGGGGAAGUACACUUUUGCUGCAGACAAUGAGAUUUUGUGUCCCUACCAGAAACCUAUCUCCUUGUAUGAGUGGCUCAUCUAGAAGUUUUCUUACCCGAAUGACUCAUACAUAGUUGAUGUUUUUUUCUGGAUCGGGGACUGGAGCCAUUGCAGCACUGUUGUGCAAACAAAAUGUGCUGGUUGUU